AUGCUAAAUAAUUGUUCAAGUACGAGUUUAACUGUACCUGAAAGUAGCAGUUCUGCUCUUUGCUUCUUGUCCCAACCACUAGACUAUGAUCCCUACGACAUGAUCAAUAUUCCAGAUUCAGUCAACCCGAUUCGCACCUUUCUUUCUGUUGUCAAUGGUGUAGCUUCUCCUCUUACAGUCGUUAUAAACGCGUUGGUUGCUUGGUCUGUGUUUGGUGAUGAAGAUCUUCGAUGCUCUUCUUUUAAUCUCUUGCUGGUGGCUUUGGCGGUGACUGAUUUUCUAGUAGGACUCUUGGUUCAACCGAUCUUUUCGUUUUUCCUGAUGUGUUUUGUGAACAAGYGUUAUUCGCGUUGUACCUACACGCUUUAUCUUUUGUCAGUCUUGACCUUCACUGGUCUCUCAGUUUGCACUUUAACAUUAGUGAGUUUGGAAAGAUACCUUGCUAUUGAAUAUCCAAAUUUCUACCGCCAGAUGGUCACAACAAAAAGGGUCAUGUCUGGAACGAUAAUUUACUGGGUAGUAAGUCUWRGUGUUUUGAUSAGUGUCACAAUUCUUGCAAUAAUCCAAAAGAGCAAACUUCUAUUAUUAUCUCCAUCAAUGGUAUUACUAGGUGUCGGUAAUCUGGUCAUUUUGUACUGCUCUAUCAAAGUUCAACUGACAGCUUACCGCCAGCGCAGARCCAUAGCAAUAGAUCACAAAUCAGUUCAACAAGUCAACGAACAGCAACGUCAACAAGAACGGCUCAAAGAAUACAAGCGAGUGUUCAUGAUGACCACAUUAGUGGUCGUGUCGAUUCUCUUUUACCUUCCUUUCAUUAUUGUCGCAUUGAUGCAAGCUGUCAAGGGUAAAGAUGUCACGAGUGAUUUUAAGUAUGUUGCCAUGGCUAUCUGUCUCACAUUACUUCAUCUCCAGUCUCUUAUCAACCCAAUCCUCGUCUCACUGCGUCUWUCUUACAUUCGAACAAGAAUCAAAAACCUAAAACUAGUAAGCUUGUUUAGCUGGAGGUAA